AUGGGCGUGAAUCCGGAGCCGGCCGCGGGCGCCCCGGAGGACUCGCCGGAGGACGGCGCCCCGGCCCGCGGCGGCACCUUCGAGGCGUUCGGCGACAGCGCGGAGACGCGCGCGCUGCUGGGCCGCCUGCCCGAGCUGCUGGGGGACCGCGCGGCGCGGGAGAGCGCCCUGCAGCGCUUCCGGGUGAUAAUGGACAAGUACCAGCAGCAGCCUCACCUGUUGGACCCACACCUUGAAUGGAUGAUGAACUUGUUGUUGGAAACAGUGCAAGAUAAGACAUCUCCAGCUGACCUCGUUCAUCUGGCUUUUAAAUUUCUUUAUAUCAUCACCAAGGUUCGAGGAUAUAAGACAUUUCUUCGUUUAUUUCCUCAUGAAGUAGCUGAUGUGCAGCCUGUUUUAGACAUGUUUACAAAUCAGAACCCAAAGGACCAUGAAACUUGGGAGACCCGUUACAUGCUUCUACUGUGGCUCUCUAUGACCUGCCUGAUCCCUUUCGAUUUUACACGCCUUGAUGGGAACCUUCACACCCAACCAGGGCAAACACGAAUGUCCAUAACCGACCGUAUCCUCCAAAUAGCACAGUCCUACUUGGUGGUCAGUGACAAGGCGCGAGAUGCGGCUGCCGUCCUUGUGUCCAAGUUUAUCACACGGCCUGAUGUCAAACAGAAGAUGGCAGAUUUCCUGGACUGGAGCCUGUGCACUUUGGCCCGUUCCUCCUUCCAGACCAUCGAGGGCGUCAUCACCAUGGACGGGAUGCUGCAGGCCCUGGCACAAAUAUUUAAGCAUGGAAAACGUGAUGACUGUUUACCCUAUGCUGCCACUGUUCUCAAGUGCCUGGAUGGCUGCAGGAUCCCUGACAGCAACCAGACCCUGCUCCGGAAGCUCAGGGUGAAGCUGGUGCAGCGGCUGGGCCUGACCUUUCUGAAGCCCAGGGUGGCAAAGUGGAGGUACCAGCGUGGCUGCCGUUCCUUGGCUGCUAACCUGCAGGCCAGCACCGAGAGCCAGAAGGAGGCCCGGACACAUGUCGAGACUCCUGACAGCGAGGAGGGCUAUGACGUCCCCGAGGAGGUGGAGAGCGUGAUUGAGCAGCUGCUGGUCGGGCUGAAGGACAAAGACACGGUCGUGCGGUGGUCUGCGGCCAAAGGGAUUGGCAGGGUGGCCGGAAGGCUUCCCCAGGAGCUGGCGGAUGAUGUGGUGGGGUCGGUGCUGGACUGUUUCAGUUUCCAGGAGACGGACAACGCCUGGCAUGGUGGAUGUCUGGCGCUGGCAGAACUGGGCAGGAGGGGCCUGCUGCUCCCUCCCCGACUCCCGGAUGUGGUUCCUGUGAUCCUGAGGGCACUGACCUACGAGGAGAAGCGGGGUGCCUGCAGUGUGGGUGACAACGUCAGGGACGCCGCCUGCUAUGUGUGCUGGGCCUUCGCACGUGCCUACGAGCCUCAGGAGCUGAAGCCCUUCGUGGCCGAGAUUUCAAGCGCGCUGGUCAUUGCCACGGUGUUCGACCGGAACGUGAACUGCAGGAGGGCCGCCUCUGCUGCUUUCCAGGAGAAUGUGGGAAGACAGGGCACUUUCCCUCACGGAAUUGACAUUUUGACCACUGCUGACUAUUUUGCUGUUGGUAACAGAUCUAACUGUUUCCUAGUUAUAAGCAUGUUCAUUGCCGGCUUCCCCGAGUACACACGGCCGAUGAUAGACCACCUGCUCACCAUGAAGAUCAGCCACUGGGAUGGGGUCAUUAGAGAGCUGUCAGCAAAGGCGCUGCACAACCUGGUCCAGCAGGCACCCGAGUACAGUGCUGCUCAGGUUUUCCCACGCCUGCUGUCGAUGACACGGAGUACGGACCUGCACACGCGGCAUGGGGCCGUGCUCACCUGUGCAGAGGUCGCCCACAGCCUCUACAGACUGGCCGUGCAGGAGGACAGGCCGGUAGCAGACUACCUGGACGAGACGGUGGUGCAGGGCCUGAAGCAGAUUCACCAGCAGCUUCACGAUCGACAGUUAUACAGGGGCCUCGGAGGAGAGCUCAUGCGACAAGCAGUGUGCGUUCUGAUAGAAAACCUGUCCCUUUCCAAGAUGCCCUUCAGGGGCGACGCUGUCAUCGAUGGCUGGCAGUGGCUGAUAAGUGACACCUUGCGAAACCUCCACCACGUGUCCAGUCACUCCAGGCAGCAGAUCAAGGAAGCGGCUGUCUCGGCCCUGGCUGCUCUCUGCAGCGAGUACUACACGGAGGAGCCCAGGAAGGCGGAGGGGCUGGUGGACGCGUACCUCGCCGAGCUGCAGAGCCCCGAGGAGAUGACGCGCUGCGGCUUCGCCAUGGCCCUGGGCGCCCUCCCCGGCUUCCUGCUGAGAGGCAGGCUCCAGCAGGUUCUGGCGGGGUUGAGAGCCGUCACCCUCUGCUCGGAGGAUGUGAGCUUCGCGGAAUCCCGGCGGGAUGCCGUGAAGGCCAUCGCCAGGAUUUGCCAAACUGUCGGUGUGAGAGCAGAAGGGACCCCGGACGAGGUCGUGUGCAAAGGGAAUGUGUCCCAGAUUUACUGCACGCUGCUGGACUGUCUGCGCGACUACACCACCGACAGCCGCGGGGACGUGGGCGCAUGGGUCCGAGAGGCCGCCAUGACCAGUCUGAUGGACCUGACACUUCUUCUGGGGAGAGACCAGCCAGAGCUGAUCGAGGCUCCCACCUGCCAGCGGGUCAUGUGCUGCCUGGCCCAGCAGGCCAGCGAGAAGAUAGACCACUUCCGUGCGCACGCUGCCCACGUGUUCAUGACGCUGCUGCACUCGGCUGGCCCAGCUGGUCCCACCGUGCCCCAUGUACCCCACCGGGCCGAGCUGGAGCAGCUCUUCCCCAGGUCCGAGGCCGCCUCUGUCAACUGGACCGCGCCAUCCCAGGCCUUCCCUCGCAUCACCCAGCUGCUGGGGCUGCCUGCCUACCGCUACCACGUGCUGCUGGGGCUGGCCGUGUCCGUGGGUGGCCUCACCGAGUCCACGGUCAGGCACUCCACCCAGAGUCUGUUCGUGCACAUGAAGGGCAUUCAGAGCGACCGGCAGGCCCUGGAGAGCUUCAGUGGGACCCUCCUGCAGGUCUUUGAGGACAACCUGCUGAACGACAGGGUGUCCGUGCCGCUGCUCAAGAUGCUGGACCAGAUGCUGGCCAACGGCUGCUUCGACGUCUUCACCGCCGAGGAGGACCACCCCUUUUGUGUGAAACUGCUGGAGCUUUGUAAGGCGGAAACCAGCAAGUCCAAGGACGUCCAGAAGCUGCGGUCCAGCAUCGCUGUGUUCUGUGGGAUGGCGCAGUUCCCCGGCGGCGUGCGGAGGAAGGUCCUGCUGCAGCUGCUGCUCCUGCUCUGCCACCCGUUCCCCGUGAUCCGCAAGACGACAGCGAGCCAGGUGUACGAAAUGCUGCUCACCUACAGCGGCGUGGUGGGCGCCGACGUCCUGGACGAGGUCAUGGCUGUGCUCAGCGACACCGCCUGGGACUUGGAGCUCCUGCUCGUAAGAGGCCAUCGGAACCGCCUGUGUGACCUCCUCGGGGUGCCCAGACCCCAGCUGGUCCCUAAGCCUGCUGUCAGCUGA